ACGUAACUUCCAAUACGGCUCAUCGAGUCUACUUUAAAUUACUCGUGUGAAUUUUGUGUAAAAAUACUUCCUAUAGCGGCUAGUGCGUUAACGGUGCGUAAAAUGGUUAAAUCACCAUCCGUACAGAGGAAAAAAGCGUGCAAAUCUUGUUUCAUAGUUUUUGUUGGCUGCUGCAAAGCCUCAUUUGUAAUUUGAUCAAUCUUUAAACAUGUCUAAUUAAGGAUUUAAGCAGUACAGUUUAUUCUCCUCGUUCAGUAUUUCGAUCGCCAAUCAAAUUAGUUUGAAGUGAGGGAUAUCACAAAAGAGAUGCCGUUAUAUUCAUACGCGAAACAGACGAGAGUUAAUAUCAGUUAAUUCCAAUUUGGAUGUCAAUAUUAAACAAUUUUACGUGACUAGAAAUGAACGAGCAGUCAUAUUUUCACUGGGAUUUAUUCCGGCCUCCAAUACAUAGUCCAUCUUUUGCUAUGGGCGCUUCUUUCUUGGAUAUAAGAGAGGAAGCAAUGCGUGGAAUUCCAGGGAGGUCCAAGCCUUUUUCGUUCGACCAGUCCUGCGCGCUAUGGUCAAAGGAUUUAGGGUUGGACCCCACGGAAGGACUACCAAACGUUGGUGGGCGUGUGCUGGAGAUCCGAAAGGAAAAAUCACGUGACGCAGCAAGAUCGCGGCGCGGAAAGGAAAACUACGAGUUCUACGAACUGGCUAAGCUUUUACCACUUCCAGCAGCCAUUACAAGUCAGCUGGACAAAGCGUCCAUCAUUAGAUUGUCAAUUAGUUAUCUAAAGCUUAGGGAUUUCUGUGGACAUGGCGAUCCGCCUUGGACCAUAGAUGGACAAACUCCUAACAAGAAUCUGAAAGGAAGUCAAAGACAUAACUCUGGUUUAUCUGCUGACCUGUUCGACAUCCACCAGGGAGCCCAUAUUCUGCAGUCUCUUGACGGCUUUGCUUUUGCAUUAAGUAACGAUGGAAGACUUUUAUAUAUAUCGGAAACUGUAUCAAUCUACCUAGGUCUUUCACAAGUAGAAAUGGCGGGAAGCAGUUUCUUUGAUUAUGUGCAUAGUCAAGAUCAUCAGGAAUUAGCGGACCAACUCGGGAUUGCCUUAGCUAGUGUCUCCAGCACACUGUCUUCGCCAGCAUCUCCAUCAGUAGAUAGUCCCACCACACCAAGGGCAAUAACACCUCCCGUAAACGACCGAGUACCAAUAAUGUCUCCGAACCUCGAAAAGACAACAUGCAGGUCUUUCUGUAUUCGAAUGAAAUCGACGCUAACAAAGAGAGGCGUGCAUUCACGUUCUUCCGGGUAUAGGGUUGUGUUAAUCGUAGGUCAGUUUCGACCGCAAAUUAACUACAACAUAGGUAGAAAGUGUCCUGGUCCAUUACUGGGAAUGUCUGGUGUUGCCAUUGCGCUCCCGCCGCCGACGAUAACAGAACUGCGGAUCGAGGCAGACACGUUCAUAAUGAGGCUUACAGCACAAUUUAAAGUGAUUUACUGCGAAAAUGUGAUAUCGACAUUAACUGACUGGAAGUGUGAAGACGUGAUUGGCAAAGACCUGUACGAGUUUUGUCACCCUGCUGAUGCUCACCAUUUAAAGAAACUGCACAAAGACCUAUUAAUGAAGGGUCAGGUGAUGUCUCCGUCCAUACGAUUACUCAACAAGGACGGUGGAUAUAUCUGGUUGUGUGUGUGCUGCACUUCCCUGUAUAGCUCAAAAACUUCCGACGAUCAAACUGUUCUUGCCAUUUUCCAAACAAUUAGUAUUGAGCACAGAGGUGUCGCGAUGGACUCUAGUCAGCUACCAUACAUAGAGCAUCCCCAGACUGCUCACGGAAACGCAACCGAAGAAAUUGAUAUCCUUAUGAGGGAAGAAUGUUCCCCUGCAUCACAUUCUUCUGACAGAUCAUUAGUAAACAAAAUGUCUGAACAUAAUAGUCCAGAUAUUACUAUCGAUAGUGAAAAGGUGGCAAGUGCAGAGACCUCUAGUGUGUUUCCAAGUGGUAUAGAUAAUGAUUUCUUGCUGGAUGAAAAUAUAGAAAAUGAAAGUGAACCAGUGAAACACGACAACAAGUUGUCCAGGAGAAAAGCAGAUAGACCUCGGAAACGAAAACGAGGUCAUGACGACAGUCCGGGAGUUGCGUCAAUAUUAGAAACGUUAGAUAACCAGGCUAAAGCAUCUCGCGUCUCAGACAGAACAUCAACUAUGCCUAUAGAUAAUGUUGAUUGUUCAGUUUUAAACCUUUCUUCUGGACAUCACAGCUUCCCAAGUAGUCCCGAAACAGAAAUGUCUACGAAGACAGCGUCACAGCAGAUACCGGAAGAUCUUUCGUUAAGAUCAGAUGGGGAAAAACGAUUAGAUGCCAAAAGUCAUGUGAAGAAUGACAGUAACCCUGUCUCUAAACCAAAUACUAUCGUAUCUAGUUCAGUACAUGAACUUGAAAAGGCGAUGAAUCGCCAUCUACCACCCAAUAAGAAGGCUUUUUCUACGGGCAACGUAGAUAAUCAUUCUAUACAAUCACAAAAAUCUGCAAUACACUGGUCAGGGUCAAGCAGUCCUUCAAAUUUACAGACAUCAUUUUCAUCACCAUUUUAUGUCAGCAAUUUAUAUACAAGUAGGGAAUCUGUAAUUCGUAGCAGUUUAAGGUCUCAUGCUCUUAAUGGUGACAGUAAUGUGAUAAACAUGCUCAGCCCACCAAGCGGUGAAGUAACAAUACAUAAAGACCAGUUACAGCUACAUAUACCACACAUAUCUGUGAACACGAAACAAAAUUUCCAACCUCAGAAGAAUGUGUCCCUUACAGACGAAUAUAACAUGACACCUCCAGAUUCUGUUUCGCCUCAGGAUAAAAUGGCUUCCACUUAUUCGGAUAACCCCGGUGCGCGUGAUUGUAUGCGCAUUGGUCAAAGACAUGACGUUGGUACCACAACGAACAAGCAAUUUUCAGUGGUAAAUGACUCGAGCAGUGAUGUCACAAAAUCACAGUAUCUACCUGUGCCAAAUUAUCAGUACCAUUCUUCUGAUUUGGGUAAUUUUUCUCAUGGAUCAGCGCCACCAGGUGGACUUCUGUUUGAUCCGCGGAACUCUCCAGGUAGUGCUUGGUAUGGGUCGACUUACAACUCGUGAAGUUACAAAUACAGUCUGUGAGAAUGUCCAAAAAAUGGCAAAUAAGACGUAGAAUAAUUGUACAUGUGUCUCAGAAGAUUUUGAUUUGCAAACAUUACAUCAAUAGGUAGUGGCUUCUAAAGCAAAAUUUAUUCAAUUAAUUGCGUUAUUCAUAAAUAUUUAAUGCAAGUGACAAAAAUCAGAACAUACUAGUAUUUGGAAUAUUUAAGCUUCCAUAGUCACUUCUGCGUGCGAUAAAAAAUUCAACAUAUGAAAACUGAGUUUGGUGGACCUAGGCGACAGUUUAUGUAUAUCUUCUGAAAUUGAUACUGGGGAGUAGGGAUUAAGUGUAUGCAUAGCAAAUAAAUCUCGUUAGACGCGCAAAAAGUAACUGAACACUUUAGACGGACAUUACAGCUAAGUAUCUAGUAAAAGACAAAAACAUAAUUCCUGUUCAGCUCAUUAAGCUAUCUGAAAUAAUCGAUUUAGACAGCGGUGUAUUAAGCAUCAGGUCUUCCCUCAUUUAUCUGAAAUUAUCGAUUAGACAGCGGUGUAUUAAGUAUCAGGUCUUCCCUCAUUCUAUAUGCUACCAGGUUAGAUAAACUUACACCGUACAUACUUACAUACUACAUGGAGCACAAUUAAAAAACAGAGUUAUAAUACAAAAAAUUAAUCCAGUUCUCCAGAACUACUCUUUAGCCAGCGAUGCCCUCUGAAAAUACUAAAUAAUGAAAAUAAUAGGUCAGGGUAGACAUCCUGGAAGCACAGAGCACUUUCAAAGUUCAGCGAUAGUCAAUUAGAGACUUAUCGUAUUCAGCUAAUCCCCAAAAAUAAUUUCACUUCUUUGUUAUAGUGUCUCCAUCUCGGUGUGAACAAAGUGCUCUUUGUAGUCUUAUAUUUGCAGAUUUUGUGAAUGUUAUUCAGUGCACAAAUACGAGAGCAUGUUGAGGUUGCAAACUGCUAUAUUAUUUGAGACUUUUUCUGUGUUUUUUUUCCAUUCCAAGCAACUUGAUUCAAAACAGAAAUCGACACGAUAACCCAUAACCUUUUCAUUCUAGUUACAUCUUUGUCAUUUUGGUGCGUAUCAAUGUAUUUAGAGAAAAGAUGCAAAUACCUAAGUUUCGUUUUUAUGUACUAAAUAGUAUUAUAUAACUUGUGUCUUCUGGCGGCAAGUGAUUCUGCUUUUACGACCAGUACAGACCAAGGUCAGCCUGCAAGUCCGUGCAGGCUGAUCUUGGUCUGCACUAUUCGCUAUUCAGUUAGUAAAUUUUCAGUAAACAUCCCUCUGAAUAAUAAGUGGUACUGCCCAAAUUGAAUGAUGGACUGGUCCGUAGAAAUUUAGCAGGGAAAAUGUUAAAUGAUAAGUCAUAAGGGUGUUGGAUUGUAAGCAGUUACUAACAUUUUAUUACAUUUUAAAAGCAGUGUGUUUAGGCUCUCGGAAGAGUCAUUUAGUAUUUCGCGUGUAUAUUUACAAUGGUUGUUCCGUAAAUAAUGAUAACAAAAAAGUUGCAAUCGGACUUUGUAAUAUUGUGAUUUGUUUCUUCCAAUGAAAUUGGAAAAUAAUGUGAAUUAUAUAUAUAUUGUACGUGUUAACUAUCUUACAAAGCUCAUGAAAUGAGAAAUUAUACAAUGUUCUACAAAAACUAGAGUUUACUGCAAUGACAUUGAAAAUAAAAGUGUCAGCCAUACAUGUC